AAAGAAGCUUGUGUGUGGCGCAGGCCUAAACCCUCAGAGAAUGAACAGGAACUAUAUCUAAAAUUUUAGUAAAACCAGUGCACUCUGCAGCAGUUUCACUGUGAUUCAGGUGUUUAUAUUUUAGUGCAAUUGUCAUUAAUGUCACAGGAAAGAAAGAUUCAUGUGCUCCAGAUUUCCCAGCAGUGCAACAUUUUACUUUUCACGAGGAUUUAAAAAGCGGCAACAACAAAUGUUAAGCACUGAGAGGAAAGUGUUACUGUGUGUAUGACCUGCAUGAGAACAGAAGCUGCGAUGGCCCAGAGGAGCUCAGGUUUAAGCUAACCCAAAUAACUCAACUCUGAGGGCUGCUGUUUUGAGGGCAGGGUGAGGGGGCGGGGUUUAGACUCUCUGCAUCACGUCAUUCAACACAAAAACACGGGAUAACCCCAAACAACCACGUGCGCGGUAGGAAAAUCAAGCAGACGUCAGUGUCCAUAUGAGGAGUGACGGGCAGGCCAUAUAUGGUCGUUCCGCCUGUGACGGUGUUCCUUCUGUGGAAAAACAAAGGCGGGGUUGGGCUGGUCACGCCCCUCUGACAGCUGUUAUCAAUGAACAAGUGAAACUCUCAAUCUAAAGCCGAUUUUAACAGAGCUGACGGAAAGUACUCUCAAGAUACAUCUGCAGGAGAUCCUCCAAGAGUACUUUACCCACGGCUUUAAAUUAUUACAGAGAAAAAACACUUUAUUUUUUUAUUAUUUGAUAUUUUUAGCUGUGAAGAACAAAAAGUUUAUUAUUUAUUAUUUUUAAGUUAUUGUUAACACACUUUUUCAGCCAUGACUUCAAGCUGCGAGCCUCUGGAAAUAACUGGCAACGAGCUGGUUCACAUACUCAGGACCCCCCGGGACCAGUACACCUCCGCUGGGUGCGCGGUGCUGGACUGCAGACCCUUCCUCGACUUUUCCUUUGCGCACAUCCGCGAGUCCCGCAACGUCAACUGGAACUCAAUGCUGCGCCGGAGGUCCAAGAGCUCGGUGGUGGCUCUGGAGUGGCUCAUCCCGGACAAGGCUCUCCUGGGCCGGCUGCGGCGCGGCGAGUUCUCCCCGCUGGUGGUGGUGGAUGAGAGGAGCCGCUCAGUGGCCGAGCUGAAGGCAGAGAGUGUGGCCCAGAUGCUGCUCACAGCCCUGCAGAACGAGGUCCAGACACAAAUCUGCUUUCUACAAGGUGGAUUUGAGGGAUUUUCGGAGGCCUAUCCAGAGCUCUGUUACAGCUCAGCCAGCAAUCACCUCCCUACAGUGGAACCAGAGCCAACAGUGACGGGUCGGAGGACACCAGCAUAUGAUCAGGAUGGUCCAGUGGAGCUGCUGCCCUUCCUGUUUUUGGGCAGUGCCAUCCACUCGUCCCGCAGAGAGACCCUCGCAGCAGCAGGCAUCACAGCUGUGCUCAAUGUUUCCUCCACGUGCCCUAACUUCUACGAGGGGGAGUUUCAGUACCUGAGGCUCACCGUGGAGGACAGCCUCGCUGCUGACAUCAGGGCCUGCUUCUCCACGGCCAUCGCCUUCAUUGACUCAGUGAAGCAGAGUGGUGGUCGGGUGCUGGUGCACUGCCAGGCAGGUAUUUCUCGCUCUGCCACCAUCUGUCUGGCCUACCUCAUGCACACGCAGCGCGUCAGGCUGGAUGAAGCCUUUGACUUUGUGAAGCAGCGACGUCAGGUCAUUUCUCCAAACCUGGCCUUCAUGGGUCAGCUGCUGCAGUUUGAGACAGAUGUGCUCUGUCAGGGAUGAAAGCACAGACGAAUGAGGAGGAAGGAAACACAUAUGACUGUUCUUUAUAAUCAAUUCUCCUGCCUGGUGUAGGUGUUGACUCAGAGCAUUAUCAGGACUCAUUUGUACAAAUGCUUGUACGAUUGAGGCGACGUUGUACAUUCAGCGAAAAGCUACUGGUGCUGCUGGUGAAUCUGGAGAAACUGACAAACAGCAGCUGGCGAUAUAAACCUGUUAUGAACAAUUGUGUUUCUCAGCCAGCAAGUCGGAGCAGCUAUGAGGUAAUUUCCCUGACGUUUUAUACUCGAGGGAAAUGGUGCCUGCUUGUCUGGUUUUGCAUGUUACUGUGUUUGAAUUAUGUGCCUGGUGUUUUACAAGGGCUGUCUUAUUUUCAUACUGAAAAUCAUUCCUUCACAUUUACGACCACUGUGACAUGACGUCUUUUUAUGAGACAACACUGUGUUAACUACUUAAGGCAAUACUGGAUGAAUUACUGGUCUAAUUUAUGAAACAAUGUACCAACUACUGUUGGUGUCUUAUCAUGCUGUAUCCUGAGAUAGAUUUCACUUUGUCAAAGCUGGAAGAAACUGUUUUUAUGUGUGUAUAGAGUUUUUAUUUUUAUUUAUUACCUGUUCUGACAGUGUUAGCAUUAUUACUGUCUGUUUAUGCACUUUAUACCUUCAAGGUUUGGCUGAUUCCUGCUGUUUUUUCCACUAAAAUAAAAACAUGCUGGAGAACACUGA